GAGGACUGAGCAGGCGCGCGCUUCCUCGGACCGGCGGCGGCGACGGCGGCGGCGGUGGCGGCCUCCUUGCACCAACAACCCUCCUUGGAGCCGGCGGCGCGGGAUCUGGGACUCAACCCGAGUCAGGUUUUCUUGAAGACAUGAAGGUUUAAGAGAUAAUUAUCUACCAGAUCAAAAGAUGGGAGCAAACAGCAGCAGCAUUAGUGAGCUUCCGGAAAAUGAAUAUCUAAAAAGAUUAUCUGGAACAGAAUCUAUCUCUGAGAAUGAUCCAUUCUGGAAUCAGCUUCUUUCUUUUUCUUUUACUACACCAACUAACAGUGCUGAACUGAAGCUAUUGGAGGAAGCAACCAUCUCAGUCUGCAAAUCUUUAGUUGAAAAUAAUCCUCGAACAGGCAACCUUGGGGCACUCAUAAAGGUCUUCCUUUCUAGAACCAAAGAACUAAAAAUUUCAGCGGAAUGUCAAAACCAUCUCUUUAUUUGGCAGGCCCACAAUGCUUUGUUUCUUAUUUGUUGUUUGCUGAAAGUGUUCAUCUGUCAGAUGCCUGAGGAGGAAAUGCAGCUUCAUUUUACUUAUGAAGAAAAAUCUUCAGUCACUUAUCAAGCUGACUCUGAAGAUCUCAUAGAAGAACUGCUUUGCUGCUUAAUCAAGUUAAUCAUUGACAUCCCACUCUUAGAUAUAACAUAUGAAAUAUCACUAGAGGCUGUAUCAACACUGGUUGUUUUCCUUUCCUGUCAGCUCUACCAUAAGGAAAUUUUAAGACACAGCAUAAGUCACAAAUACCUGAUGCAUGGACGAUGUCUUCCUUAUACCAGCAGACUUGUGAAGACCUUAUUAUAUAACUUCAUCAGACAAGAAAAGAGACCUCCUCCUGGGACCCACAUCUUUCAGCAGCAAUCAGAUGGUGGAGGAUUACUUUAUGGCCUAGCAUCAGGAGUAGCAACUGGGCUUUGGACAGUCUUCACACUGGGUGGAGUAGGAAGUAAACCAGCACCUCAGCAGGAACAGUCUUCACCUCUUGCCAGUCAGAGCCUUCUGCUAUUGCUUGUGCUGGCUAAUCUUACUGAUGCUCCUGAUUCACCAAACCCCUACAGACAAGCCAUUAUGUCCUUUAAGAACACCCAAGAUAGCACUGCUUUUCCCUCUUCAAAUCCACAUGCUUUCCAGAUUAACUUUAAUAGUUUGUAUACAGCCCUAUGUGACCAGCAGAAGUCUGAUCAAGCAACUCUUCUUUUGUAUAUGUUAUUGCAUCAAAAUAGUAAUGUGAGGACAUACAUGUUGGCUCGCACAGAUAUGGAAAAUCUUGUUGUACCAAUUCUUGAAAUUCUGUAUCAUGUUGAAGAAAGGAAUUCACACCAUGUGUACAUGGCUCUUAUUAUUUUGUUGAUCUUGACAGAAGAUGAUGGCUUCAAUCGAUCCAUUCAUGAAGUGAUACUCAAAAAUAUUACCUGGUAUUCAGAACGGGUUUUAACAGAGAUUUCACUGGGUAGUCUUCUGAUAUUGGUGGUAAUAAGAACCAUUCAAUACAACAUGACAAGAACAAGGGACAAAUACCUUCACACAAAUUGUUUAGCAGCUUUAGCCAAUAUGUCAGCACAGUUUCGCUCACUUCAUCAAUAUGCUGCCCAGAGAAUUAUCAGUUAUACCUGCCGCCACUUGCGGAGAUAUGUCUCUGUCCUGGACAAACUGUAUUUUCCCCACUCUCACUGCUCUACGCUGCAGCAUUGCUUCUCGACCCUCAGUGACAAUGGAGAGGAACUCCUGUCUUUAACUUGCUCUCACAUUCUCAGAUCCUAUGCUUCCAGUUUGUUUUCUUUGCUAUCUAAAAAGCACAACAAAGUUCUAGAACAAGCCACACAGUCUUUAAGAGGUUCCCUCAGUUCUGAUGAUGUUCCUCUGCCAGAUUAUGCCCAGGACCUGAAUGUGAUUGAAGAAGUGAUUCGAAUGAUGUUAGAGAUCAUAAAUUCCUGCCUGACAAAUUCUCUUCACCACAACCCCAACCUGGUGUAUGCAUUGCUUUACAAACGGGAUCUCUUUGAACAGUUUCGAACUCACCCUUCAUUUCAGGAUAUAAUGCAAAACAUAGACCUGGUGAUCACUUUCUUUAGCUCACGGUUGCAACAGGCUGGAGCCGAGCUGUCAGUGGAAAGAGUCCUGGAAAUCAUCAAACAAGGAGCUGUUGCACUGCCCAAAGACAGGCUGAGGAAAUUUCCGGAGCUGAAGUUCAAGUACGUGGAGGAGGAGCAGCCUGAGGAGUUCUUCAUCCCCUACGUCUGGUCUCUUGUAUACAACUCUGCUGUCGCCCUAUACUGGAACCCACAGGACAUCCAGUUAUUCACAAUGGAUUCAGGCUGAGGGCCCAGGCCUGGCCUGCCCCUGUCCCUACCCCACCCCACCCCUUGCAAAGCAACUCUUCUAGUUACCUAUUCCUGGAGGAGACAGGCCUGUGCACACUCUAGACCUGAAGCUUACAGAGAAUGGAGCUUUCUAACCUUGUAUAGUUUUUGACUUUGGAAUUUCAUAUGAGACAGUAGGAGAGCGCCAAGUAUAGAAUAUGGGACAAAAAAGAAAAAGACAAAAAACACGAUAAGAAUAAAAGUCUCCUGUAUGAUGUUUCAUUUGGUUUCUCCACCGAAAACCUAGAGCUUAUCCAGAGUUGAUGCUUUAUGAAUUCCACUUAAUACUGCUUACUCCUUGAUUAAGUGUUCAGAGAGACUUUGGGCAGGGAGGGCAUUGUUUGGGUUUUUUUAAUGCUAAGAAUGGGUAAAGGAGAAAAGCCAAGCUAACAAGCUAACUGAACAGGUAUUCAGGGAAAUGAAACUUAAAGCAUAUAGAUCUGGUUACCUUUCAAAGAGGCCUCCUUUUAACCAGCUUUGUGUAUCUAUUUGCCUUUGCUUCUACGCAAACCAUUCUCCCAAAGAAGGAAAAGUACUCCUUGCACUAAAGCAGCCCUCGUUCUCUGAGUGGGAAGUAAAAUAGAGGCCAGGGUGAUGCCUGGCGAAUCUGCUAACCAUCUAUUGGUCAUUGGGGGAAGAGGUUAAUUUCAAAAGCAACUUAUUUUGUUACUUUCAGUAGGUAGGAGAAGAAGCAGGAAAGAUCAAUUCAGUCCAUUCAGUGAACAUCGAUAAGCUCCAGGUUAGUCACCCUGCUAGGCUGGAGUUACAGAGAUGGAAAUCACUGCAAACCCCACCACCCCUUGUCUUGGGAAUCAAGCCUGAUAAAGGGAAACAGCCAUGUACACAGAUAAUUGAGUCAGGAUAGAGUGAAGGCUAAACAAAGGGCCACAAGAGAUUUAAAGAAGACUGUUGCAGCCAGGGUAGGAUUAGAGAGGCCUUUAUGGUGGAGGUGGCCCUAAUGGCCAAAUCCCUUUGAAGACAAAAAGCAUGUGUUUCUCUUCCCAUUGGAUGAGAAAACCUCCCCACUUGCAUCCCUACACUGAGCCACUGAUUCAACCAAAGAGAGGAAGCUCAGGAAGGAGCUCCCUAAUGGAAGCACUAGGCACAGCAAUGGGCAUUUUGGCUACCAUCUAACUUAAGCAUCCAUCAUGUGCAACGCGUCCAUCUUAGAAGCUGUACACAAGAAUGUGUUUCAUUAUAACUUGGGAGAAAAGCAGGGGGAAAUCCAAACCAGUACCAUUUUUUUGAAGAUGUUUAAUAAACUAUCACUUUUCAACCAAGACAGCAAAAUGCUAGGCAGAUAAUGUUAGAAAUGAUUCUCCUUUUCAAAGCUAAUAUCAUUUGGUGAAUUUCUGGACAUCUCCUUACUUCAGGAUCAAACUAAACUUGGGCCUACUGGCUUUUUUAGAUGACCCUCUGGCCAGCUUUCCUCAUUGAGACCUUAAAAAAGGGUCAGAUACAUUGGGAGAACUGACAUUGGUAUAGAGCUUUCUGCCAUCAGGCUCCUUUCAUCUCUUACCUAAUUUGAGCCUCCCAACAGCCACAGGAGUUAGAGCAGGUGGCAUCAUCUGCUUUUUGAGUCCCAUCACCCAGAAGCAAUGACACUCUCCAUGCUGACCUAGUUAGUGGCAGAGUGAGAACUUGAACCCAAGUAUUCUCUGGUCAACCAGUAUCCUGCCUCCUUGGGACUAUUCCUUUGUUUCUCCUAUGGAAACUGUCUCUUUUAGGUAAGCAUACAUAGGUAUCAGUGUAUGACAGACAAAAACACUCAACUUAGCAUCCCCAGAAAAGAAUAUUCUUAGUUACUUUCCCCUUAGAUCUCUGGCUCUGAGAAAGAGGAACAGCAGUGUUCUCUUUGUAGAAAGAGGAAAUCAUACUUAAGCAGAAGUAAUAUGAAGGUUGGUCUUGGAAAACGGUUCACAGCUUUGAAAGCAAUGUGCAGAAUGGUUUUGUGGGCUGGUUUGAUUCUUGUCCUUUCCCCAUUGGAGGCACCAAUAAGAGAUGUUUGGCAAGGCUGCCCUACCUUUCCCAAACCCCCAAGAUCUGGGAUCUAGAUAGGACUGUUGGGCCCUCACCAAAGAAUAGGGGAAAAGUUACAUAAGGGCUCCAGCAAGAGGAAUUCAUGACUAUCCCAAGCUCAGCAGCCUUGCUGGUCAUUAAAGCUAGGGAAUCAAAGGAGGCAAUAGAUAUAGCCAGGCUGCCAAGCUCUCACCCUCCCCCCACCAUCUGGCCUUGCUGAGCUGAUGUUCUCUUGAGCUUAAGAGGAGCAAGUUGGUGCCCCAACAAAUCAUUUUCUUUCUGUCUCUCUUUUUUAAUUAACCACACAGUGGAGGGAUUCAGCAGGCCAGCAACACAGCUGGGGCCAAAGCCUCCAACUUAAGCUGGAGAAAGGGACAAUUACCAGAACUACAUUGCAGCCUGAGGAGUGGUAGAGGCUGGGAGCCAAAAUGCAUGAGUAGGCCAGGCUCCUCACCCACGCUCACCCCUGCGCCACUGUCCCUCACUCAGCUCUGAAAAGCCAGUCACCUAGAUACCCUUCCUUCCUUACUCUGUGUGAGAGACUUAUUAUCUCAUAAUAAAAAUGAGGUAAAUAAUUCA